GUCAGGAAGCUGCGCAAGGCCUACGGGAAGAGCGAGUGGGGCACUGUGGAGAGGCUGAAGGACAACAAACCCACCUACAAACUCGACCACAUCGUCAAGGAGAGGUACCCCACGUUUGUGGAUGCCCUGCGGGACCUGGACGAUGCCCUGUCCAUGUGCUGCCUGUUCUCCACCUUCCCCCGCACGGGCAAGUGCCACGUGCAGACCAUCCAGCUGUGCCGGCGCCUGGCCGUGGAGUUCCAGAACUACGUCAUUGCCUCGCGCUCCCUGCGCAAGGUGUUCCUCUCCAUCAAGGGCAUCUACUACCAGGCAGAGGUGCUGGGGCAGCCCAUCACCUGGAUCACCCCCUACGCCUUCGCCCACGACCACCCCACAGACGUGGAUUACCGGGUCAUGGCCACCUUCACCGAGUUCUACACCACCCUGCUGGGCUUCGUCAACUUCCGCCUCUACCAGUCCCUGAACCUGCUGUACCCCCCCAAGAUCGACAGCCAGGCUGAGGAUGAGCUGAAGCCUGCAGAGGGCAAGGAGUACGCCAUGGAUUCAGAGAGCUACCUGGAGAGGCUCUCGGCUCUGAGUGCCAGCCUGGCCCGGGCUGUGGCUCCAACCCACGAGGACGAGGUGGAGAUGGAUGAAUUCCCAGUGGAGGGGGAGACAGCAGAGCUGAUGGAUGCCAAGAAGAAGGAGCAGGAGGCUCUGGAGAAGCACAAGAAGCUCUUUGAGGGGCUGCGCUUCUUCCUCAACAGGGAGGUGCCCCGGGAGCCUCUGGCCUUCGUCAUCCGGUGCUUUGGUGGCCAGGUGUCCUGGGACAAGUCCCUGUGCAUCGGUGCCACCUACGACGCCUCCGACCCGUCCAUCACCCACCACAUCAUCGACCGGCCGCGCCUGGACAAGCAGGUGGUUGGCAGGUACUACCUGCAGCCCCAGUGGGUUUUUGACUCGGUCAACGCCAAGCUGUGCCUGCCCGUGGCCGAUUACUUCCCCGGGGUCCUGCUGCCCCCGCACCUCUCGCCCUUCGUGACGGAGAAGGAGGGUGACUACGUCCCUCCAGAGAAGCUGAAGCUGCUGGCCCUGCAGAGGGGAGAGAAUCCAGAGGAAGAUGAGUCUGAGAAAGAAGAGGAGAUGAAAUUACAGAAGAUGGAGGAGCAGAAGAUGGAAGAGCAGAAGACUCAGAGCACACAGAGCAACAAGGUGCUUCCUGUGAAGGUGACAGCAGGCAAGGUGCAGGUGGAGGACAAGCAGCGCCUGGAGCAGGAGCAGCAGAGCGAAGAGAAGCGCUUGGCCAUCAUGAUGAUGAAGAAGAGGGAGAAGUACCUCUACAAGAAGAUCAUGUUUGGGAAGAAGCGCAAAAUCCGCGAGGCCAACAAACUGGCUGAGAAGAGGAAAGCCCACGACGCAGCCCUCAAGGAGCAGAAGAAGAACAAGAAGGCACGUCAAGCAUGACGGGGCCGGGGCUCCUGGAUGGUUUUCCACUGUUGCUUUUGGGUGGAAAACCCUUGUCUUUGCUCCCGGGGCAGAAAUGCUGUGUUUGAAAUGUUUCCCAUCUGUAAAUACACCUGCUGCUCUGCCUUUCCCCGCUGCCCUCUGUGGAGUCGGUGUUACAAGGACUGUCCUCUCCGUGCUGGUGCCACCUCUGCGUGAGGAAGAGGAGGCCAGGGAGAGCUCUGGGAUUGUUCCCUGUGAAUUUGCACAGCCCUGGCUGCUGAGCCUGGCUCCCAGGAGCUCCCCGGGGCAGAGGAGUGCAGAGCCUGCAGCUGCUUCCCAGUAUCCACACAGAAAACCAUAUUCCCCUGUAUUUUUAUUUUUAAUUAAAGAAGGUGACGCAUU